GCAAAUCACUGUGGUUUUUGUGUGUGUGUGUGUGUGUUUUAAACAGGUAAGAAUAUUUCAAAGGAUAUUUUUGUUAGGGGGAGCCUGCUUCAAAUGGUCUCCAAUGUCCUGAUCUUUGGGGUACUUUAAUAGGACUGCUGUUAAGUCUUAAGUAAAUAUCAGCGUUACGUUUUUAGAAGCAGUGUCCUAUUGCGCAGAAGCCGAGAACUGGGGAGUCAAGGGUUUGAGGUUCUAGAUUCGGCAUUGUUAUCCUCGUUUUUUUGAAAAAACUAAUUCCUGGAAUGUUUAUCCAUGAAUCCGGACUAGUUAGGUAUCCUGACUGCUAAAUGCGUUUUCCCAGGUUAUGGAUUUUGUGAAGUAACAAAGGUACUUUUUCUAAGGAUCUCCUCCAGUUAUCCUUUUCGUAUUUUAAAUAAUUGGGUACCAAAUCAAUAACUACAAAUCAGUAGCCUUCAAAUAGACAAACAACUGCCAGUUAGAAGGUGUGAUAGAGAAAAACCAUUAUUUACAACAAUGGUUUUUUAAAAAUUGAGGAAUAAGCUUAAGAAAUGUGCAAAACUACCGGAAAAGAACUUUAAAUUACUGCUGAAGGGCGUAAUGUUAAGAUAGGAACAAAAAUAAACAGUGUUUUUCAUGUUAUCCCAAUAAAAGUAUCCACACAUUUUUCUGGCGGGGGCGACCUAAAUUAAGCUGAUUCUGGACUUCAUAUGGAAAAAUAGACAAGUUAGAAUAGCCAGUAAAACUCAAAAAGAAAAGCAGUUGGGGUGUGGGGAAGUGGGAACCCAACAAUAACAUUUUACUUUUUUUUUUUUUUUUUGGCCACACUGCUCAGUUUUCAGGAUGUUAGUUCCCCAACUAGGGUAUGGAUUGAACCCACACCCUGGGCAGUGAAUGCUCUGAGUCCUAACUUCUGGACCACCAGGGAAUUCCCCUGAUGGCAGAACAUUUUAAAUCCUCAGAAAUUAAAAUAGUAUUGGCAUUAGCAGGAAGCAGGCUUAUGCAGGGCAAUUCAGCAGUAUGUAUAAUAACUACUUUUCUUUUGACCUAGUUAUUUUACAGACGGAAAUUCAUUCUGCAGAUGUACCUGAAUUUACAUGAACUGAUGCAGGGUCACUUCCUUGUGCAUUCCUGGAGAUUGCACCGUCCUCAUCCUUCAGAAGGUUCGGGAGGCCCCAGGGCUCAGCCAAGUUCUAGGAGAGAACUUUGGCUCCAGCAUUAACAUUCUAGUGCUGUGUCAUUUCCCCAGUAGCAGGUUGUGGACUGAUCAGGCUGGAUGUGAUCCUCUGUUGAAGCACGAAGACGAACUCUGGAUGGUGGAGAAAGAAGUGGAAAGGAAGUUUGUUCAGAAGAAGCUUGAGAAGAUGAUGAACAGAUAGAUUGGCAACAAGACUUGGGAGACAAGUUGCAUCCAGCUUCAAUAAAGUACAGACUGAGAAAAAAAGCAGUGACUAAGAAAAUUGGAAAAGUGCUUCCUCUGAUAUCAGACUAUCUUUUAAGGCAACAACUUUUUCAACCUAGAGUUUGAAACACAGUUUAGACUUAGUUUUGUAAGAAAGAAUCGUCAAUUUAAAUAGUGUGGAAAUCUGCCACAGCUUACUCCUUGUAGUAAUAACCCUUUUUGUAAAAGGGUAUAAAAUCAGUGUGGAAAUGCCUUCACUAAAAAUUUGAACCCCACAUGAUGUCAGAGCAUUCAUACUGGAGAGAAAACCUAUGAAUUUACUGAAUUUUGGAAAACUUUCAUUCGUAUGUUGCACCUCAUUCAAUGUUGAAGUCAGGCUGGAGAGAAAUCCUGUGCUUCUAAAGAAUAUUGAAAAGCCUUUAGCUAGAUCUCAUUGAGCAGAAGAAAAUUCAUACUGGAGAGAAGUCAGUGAAGGUUAUAAAUCUUCACUGAACAUUUUAGAAAAUUUAGAGUUGGAGAGAAAGCUCUAAAUAUACUGAUUAUGAUAAAGUUUUCUCUUGAACCUUAUCUCUUACUCUACAUUUGAAAGGUCAUAACAGAGAAGUCCAGCACAUGUAAGAAAUGUGGAAAUACCUUCAGCUAAAAGUAAAUUUUCAUUUGUCAGGAAAUUCAUACAGGAAAGAAACCUUGUGAAUGUGGGAAAGCUUCCAUUCAGAUGUCACACCCCAGUCAGCAGAAAAUUUGUAGGGGGGAAAACCCCUUUGCCUGUAAGGUAUGUGGGAAAAUCUUCAGCCACAAAUCAACUCUUACUGAGCAUGAGCAUUUUCAUAAUAGAGAGAAACCUUUUGAAUGUAAUGAAUGUGGAAAAGCAUUCAGCCAAAAGCAGUAUGUCAUUAAACAUCAGAACACCCAUACUGGAGAGAAGCUUUUUGAAUGUAAUGAAUGUGGGAAAUCCUUCAGCCAGAAGGAAAACCUUCUUACCCAUCAGAAAAUUCACACUGGAGAAAAACCUUUUGAGUGUAAGGACUGUGGGAAAGCUUUCAUUCAGAAGUCAAACCUCAUCAGACACCAGAGAACUCACACAGGAGAGAAGCCCUUUAUAUGUAAGGAGUGUGGGAAAACCUUCAGUGGCAAAUCAAACCUUACUGAGCAUGAGAAAAUUCAUAUCGGAGAGAAACCCUUCAAGUGUAAUGAAUGUGGAACAGCUUUUGGUCAGAAGAAGUACCUCAUAAAACAUCAAAAUAUUCACACUGGAGAGAAACCUUAUGAAUGUAAUGAAUGUGGAAAAGCCUUCUCUCAGCGAACAUCACUUAUUGUACAUGUGAGAAUUCAUUCAGGUGAUAAGCCUUAUGAAUGCAAUGUAUGUGGAAAAGCCUUCUCUCAAAGUUCAUCUCUCACUGUACAUGUGAGAAGCCAUACAGGUGAGAAACCCUAUGGUUGUAAUGAGUGUGGGAAAGCUUUCUCUCAGUUCUCAACCCUUGCUCUACAUUUGAGAAUACACACAGGUAAGAAGCCUUAUCAGUGUAGUGAAUGUGGGAAAGCUUUCAGCCAGAAGUCACACCACAUUAGACACCAGAAAAUUCAUACCCAUUAAAACCCUGUGGAUAUCAUGAAACGUGUUCAUCAGGAAUUCACACCUUAUAACACAUCAGAAAUAAUCAUUCUGAAGGAAGGCAUCACAAAUGAGGGAAGCAAAAGCUAAAAACUUAACGGACACCAGAGAAUUCAUCUUGAAGAGAAGGACAUUUGUAUGAUUAAAAUCCUGUAUCCAAUAAAAAACAUACUGCAAAGGUAAUGCUGAAAACUUUAUGAUUGCCAUCUGCAUGAAUCUGGAGAUCUUCACCAGUGUAAUAAAAAAAAAAAAAACAACAACUAUAAGUAUUAGAAAGAAAGAGACUUCUAUGGUAUUGAUUUAGCAGAACAGAAGAGAUUCUGGAAAAGCCUAUGCAUUUAUUAGAAUUUUUAAUAUAGAAAAGGCAUCAGGAGCUGAGAAGCUAAUGGGACUAUUUUAAAAAGUGCUUUGGAGGUAAUUUGUUCUCUAAGGUGGGGGAGGGGGGAGAGAAUAGAACAUGAACUAUACACAAAGGUAAGGGGAUUGGGCUAAAAGCAGAAGUAUGAAAAAGCUAUAUAGUAAAAUGGUUAUGACCUUGGGAAUGGGAAACAUUCCUUAUGGCAAAUUGAAAAAUAUCUAGCAAUUCUACUCUGAGUUUGUAUGCUCAGGAAAUUAUGUACCAGACUAUUUACUGUAGCAUGAUUUGUAGUACUCAUUAAUUGGAAACAACUUAAAUGCCCAUCAGGAACAAAAUGGGAAAUACUUACAAUGGAAUACUGUAUAUCUGUAAAGUGUAAUAAAUGAGAUCUAUAUGUAUUAGAAAGAUCUCAAAAGUCAUGUUGAGGGGGACAGAUAAAGUUGCAGAUUGACAGAUAAUAUGAUGACAUUUUUGUAAAUUUGAAUUAAAACUUCCUCACAGGAUUUCAGUGCUAUAUAUUGGUAAUGGAUACAUAUAUGUAUGUAUGUUUUUUAAGUGUUUUUGAAAUGGGUUGGAAGGAUACAGACCAAACUCUUGAUAGUGGUUGCCUGUGAAGAGUGGAGAAGGGAAGGGAAUGCGUGUGGGGGAGGGGUUGUUAGAGGGGGACUUCAGUUUUAUAUAUAAACAUCAAUUUCUCUUAAAAAAGACUGCAGAAAAUAUAUUGAAAUACUGGUUAAUUCUGGAUUGUGGUAUAUGGAUAUCUUGUCUUAUUUUUUGUACUUUCCUGUAUUUUUAAAUUUUCUCAAAAUUAGUAAGAAUGGGGGUGAGGAUGGGAACACUGUACCUAUAGAAAUCAUGUUCUAAUGGAUUCAUUCCCAAUCAACUACUAAACUUUUUAUAGGAGAUAUUUCUAAAGUUUUAUGAAUGAAUGGAUGGACUUGCUCUCUAUGUAGUAGGAAAUUAUCUAUUUUAUUAAAAUUAAAACUGACAGUAUAAUCCAAA